GCGUCCCGGGGAAGUGCCUUGACGACCAAGGAGGGAGGGUGCGGGACCGGGUCGCGCCCCGGAAGUAGCCCUGAGGGGAAGGAGGCGGGACCGCGACAGGGCCAGUUUCCUGCGCAGCCGUGAGCCCCACGCGGGGCCUGGAACAGGCCAACCAUGUUCCACUUCUUCCGGAAGCCCUCGGAGCCCAAGAAGGUGCCGGUGCCGGAGAGGGAAGCUGAUGGAUUCGUCCUUUUGGGUGACACAGAGAAUGAGCAGAAAGCAUCCCCAGGAGGCAGCCCCUCAGAAGGAGCAAAGCAGCCCUCCCAGGCAGAUGUGGGAGAGCAGCCCCAUGGCAGUGCAUCAGGCCCUCUGAAGGACUCCGAAGGCCAGAUGAUGGAGAACAGCGCCCUUGCGUCGGAGCUGCUCAGGGACGUGCCCUUCACCCUGGCGCCCCAUGUGUUGGCAGUGCAGGGCGCCGCCAGCGACCUCCCGAGCCACUUACUGACCCCAGAGUUCACUGACAACUUGUCACGAUUUUUGUAUGAUUUUACUCUGGAAAAUUCCGUGCUGUGUAACCCCUAAUGGGUCAGCAGGACGAGGUGCGUGAGCAUCUUAAUUGCCAAAUGUUCUUGUGUGAAACCUUGUCGCGCUUAGUGUUUUCACAUGAUUAUUAAUGUUCAGGACCUUCAGGAAUCACUGAUUUUCACAUGCAUUUGUAUGGUCACCUUAUUUUGGAAUUGGCAACAUUUACACCAGAUACUCAGACCAGGCCAGAGUCUGCUCCACCCCUGCGGGAGGGAGAACGUGAAUGUGCUCUUCAGUGUUUUGGAAAAGCUCAGCAGGGAAAUUCUCCAGCCAAACAUCGCACCUGACAGCAGGCAUCUGCGAGGCUCUGUGUGUUCCUCUCUGACACUCCACAUCUCACAGCCUUGUGGUCGGGGAGCUCCAUGUCAGUGUUACUUCAGGAGAGUGCAGGGGCCUAUCUCGGCAUCCACCGGCCCGUGGUGGUCCCCUCCCGGGCCGGGCUGCUGGCUGAGUGUCUGGGGGAAGGGUCCAUCUGCCUGGCUCUGCCUUUUCCCUUCCCCUCAUUGGCUUUGUUUUUCAAGGACUUUUAUCUGAGGCUUCCUCAUGUGAGAGAGGUGAGGAAAAGCCAAGUCUGAAUCUGGCCCUCAGCACUUGCUUAGCUGUAUGACCCUGGACAAGUCAUUGUACUUCUGCCAGCCUCCGUUUUCUCAUCGAUAAAAUGGGAAUAAUAGCACCUUUCUCCCAGGGUUCUUAUGAGAAUUAAGCAAGAUAAUAUCUGUAAAGUGCUUUGCAAAGUGCUAUAUAAAUGAUAGCGAAUGUUGUUAUCAUCAUUAUUAUUAUUGUUAUUAUUAUUGCCAUCACCACCCAUGUCCCUGGUUUAUGCACAGAUCAGCCGUCUUGGUCAGCCUCUGUUUCCUAAGGAAGAUGUCUCUGGGUGAGAUGUAUGACUGCAGAUCAUCAGUCAGGUCGCCACCCCGAUGCAGAUGGAAGCAUUUUUCAGACUCCGAGGCAGAGGGUGCAAGCCUCGAAUGGACCUGUUUCCCUCCACCUCCACUACCGAGCAGCUGCCUCAGGGCAGCGGCUGCGUGGCCAUUAACCUGGCGGUCGAGACUUCUGGGGCCCAUGGUGCAUGCCCAUGUUCACUGAGGGCGCCAGAUAAGAAAGGAGUGCAUGAACUCCUGCCUCUGGACCCACCCGGUGUCCACCUGUGCAGAGAUGUCAAUUUUUCAUGCGUCUCAGGCUGCUUUGAUCCACGUGUGCCAGAUAGUGCUGCUCAGCGGUGGAGGGAACGCGCGUGCGUCUACACUUGCUGGAGAGGAUGCAGGCUGGAUGUCUGUGCACGUACAAGACAGCAGCAUCAUUUUAUGAAAAUGUCGCCUGGAAGAGGGGAUUGUAAAGGACCUGCUUGCUAUUUAUGUCACCAGCAGAAAUGAGCAUUAUUUUUAUAACAUGCUCUUGUGUGAUCACCUUUUCUCACAUGCCCCAAUGGAUAUAUUUUUACACUUUAACCACUUUUCCUGAAUGUUUUGUCAGAUAUUAUCUAAGAUACCUACACAUUUCAUCCAUCCCUGUUUUGUUGUAAAUUUACUAUUAUUUGCAGAAAACAUUUAUAAUUCUAUUUCAAUAAACGAGAAUUAAAAUAUGGAACAUUAAGAGAA